UAAACAAAAAUCAGCUGACCGACCACAACAUUCCCGAAUUUCCCGGACGGCGAAGGGCCUGGGCAAUGUCGACCUUAAAUCCAUGUCUUUUCUACCGCUUUCCCCUUCGCUACAGGGAUCAUAUAUGGAAAAUGCACACUCAGCAUUGUCCAUGUGUCUUCAGAGGAGUGUUGUGGAGAGGGAUCCAUCAUGGGCCACACAUACAAGGAGGUGCCAGGCAAAAAUAUGGAAUAUACAGAGUGCCAGAUAUUCAGAGUGUGUCCCCCCCUAGUCAGAUCAAUUCAUACACACGCACAUCCUAUUUCUGGCAUCGAGUCAGAAUGCGAAGAUCGCCUUUGCAUGUUCCGUACCAAAGUCUUUACUGGCAGACUCAAACAAAGUUGCUGCCCAUCACAGAUGUAUCCACCACAGGAGUGAAAAAUAUGUCAACUAGUCCAGAUAGUAAAAAAAAACAAGAACCCACAAAUGAGAAAGAGAGUGCAGUUGGUGCUGAACCAAGCCAAAGUGAGAAUGAUAAUAGUGUCAAAGCUGAGGACAUGCAAAUGAUAAAGACCUCACGAAAACAGGUGAAAAAGGUUGGUAGUCAAAACAUAUCCUCGAAAAUACUGCGAUACUUCUUAGGUCGGUACACAUGGUACUUGAAUAGAUUCCACCAAUCUUUGGAGACUGAGAUGCCGGACACCUUCAAUAUGUUUCGCAUAUUUUCAGUUGGACUGAAGCAAUUCCUCAUUGAUUUCAAGGAUUUUAUGAUGGUCCUGGUGUAUCUAAGUGUUCCUGGCAGCACACUAAGAACUUGCACCCGUCGGGAGUUGGAGCUGUAUUACAACAUGCCAAGAGACAUGAUCAGAGUCUUUCCUAUACUUGCCUUAUCAUCUUUACCUUUAGGCCAGAAUCUUGCCUUUCCCAUAGGGUAUUGGUUUCCACGGCACUUGCUGUGUCAUCACUUUUGGGACAUCAAGCAGCGUCAUGAAUUUGCCCUCAUGGACAUGAAGAAGAGGCUGUUCAAUUAUCGGCCUGUAUUCAGGUCCCUACAAGCUGCGCUGAAUACCAUAGAGGAUAAGAGCUUGCGCAAGAAGUGUAGAGCUGCCUUCUACAAACUUGGCUCUGGUAUUCAUCCCACAGUUGAGGAGAUUGUGGAACUGUUGCCUCUGUUCCAGGGAGCACCUUUCCACAUUAAGAAAAUGUAUUCAGUUCAUUUGAGAGGGCUGCUGCGACUACAUGGUAGGUCUGUUUAUUUUCUGAAACGGAAAAGGCUAGAGGACUAUGCAAGGCAGCUACAUUACCUCGAUUCAGCGAUUUCCAGAGAAGGGAUUGACUCACUCUCGCACGAACAGUUGAAGCAUUGCCUUUUCAUGAGAGGUUUGAAUGCAGCUAACAUGAGCAACGAAGCCAUGACAGAAUACAUGAGAAACUGGCUCAGGGUGUCACGAGAAAUCGACUCCUCAUCCUUUUCCCUCCUCCUGCAUCUUCCAAUUCUCCUGGCUUAUAAUCAGCCGACCAAUAUUGUUCUUAUUUAUUAAGAUAAGAGGGCAGGUGUUUUUUUUUUUUCUUUUACUAUGAUGUGUAAUACCCUGUGCUAAAAUUUCUAGUUUUUGAUUAUUUAGAAUUAUUAUUGUGUGUGUAUUUUAUGAUGCAAGAUUUUGAGAUUUUCAUAGAGGUAUUAUUAUUAUUAUUUUUUUUUUUAUGAGAUAUGUCAUGCUUUUAUCUUUUUCUAUUGAAAACUUGUUUGCCUUUUUUUUCUUGCAUCUUGUCUUACAAAUUUUAUAAGUGUGAUGUAAUUGUGAUAUAUGUAAAGGUUCUUCGCUAAAUAGACUUAUGCCUUUUCUCGUCUAUUUGCUUGUCUCUUUUAUAAAGGCUUCUUUCCAGUUUUACAGUUAGUUGAUCUUAUCUUUCUUUUGUCAUAGUGGUAGUAAUGGUAGUAAUAGUAUUAUCAUCACAUCAUCACUACUUUUAUUGAUAUGUGCCAUCCUCAUUAUUGUUAUGAGCUUCGUCAUUGCCAUCGCCACGCAUAUCAUUUGUAUACAUUCUCAUGGUAGUAAUUAUUUUCUCUUUCUUAGUGUUCUUCUUGUUUUUAUGAUUAUUUUUGUUAUCAAUAUUAUAAUUGAUUAUUAUUAUUGUAAUUAUUUAUUAUUAUUAUUAUUAUUAUUAUUAU